GCUCCCAGCGGGGCUCACUGUCAGGCCCCCGGGACCUCAGGUUACCCUAGCGCAUCCUCAAGGUCAGGCCCCGAACACCAAGACGCCGCUUGUCCAACUCUUAUACCAAGUGCGCUACUUAGAUCACUUACAAGACACGCUUGUCUCAGAGAAGGGGACGCCCAAGUCUUGUGUUCCAAGAAACCUGUAUCUCGGAAUUUCUAGUUUACCCCAGUGAGGAACGGCAUUCCUCUCGAGCAGACUCCUCCAGGAGAAACCGCAGCCUCUCUGCCUGGGGGACUGAUUCCCGGCGGCAGAGAUUAGAGGACGAGGGGAAACGGUGGACUUUGGAAGUGGGAGCGAGGAGAAGGGGGCCUGAGAAGUGAGAACGUAACUCACAGGCAGAAAGUCCCGGGAAAUUCCGAAUCCGGCGACACUGACCGGCUCGAAGGCGCACGGCCGCAGCCACGCCCGCGCGUGGAGGCCCCGGGGUCGCGUCAUCGGUGUAGACGAGAACAGCGCCGGAGAAGAGUCCGGGAGCCGGGGCACCCGCAGAGCGUCUGCAAGUCGGAGACGAGCGGGUCUUGAAGGACGGAACGACGCCCGGGCGAGCGCGGCCCCUCCCGCCGGCGGCGGUGGACGCAGCGCGCGGCCGCUCGGGCCCCGCGGAGCGACCGUGGGCGCCGGGGACCCGGGGGCCAGUCCCCGCGGGGACACCCCGAGGCGCUCUCCGACCCGCCCCUCCCUGCCCGCCCGCGUCACAGGCUCCUCCCCGAGCCAGCCGGCACCGCGCGCAGUCCCCGGGCGGAGAGGAGAGCUCGGGGACCCGGCUGCGCACCCCGCGAUGGCCUCCGUCCCCGCGAACUGGACCCGGGCGGCCGAGAGCGAGUGGCUGCCGCUGCUGGGCCCGGCCGGCAACCUGUCGGGCGCCCCCGCCGCGCCCCCGCCGCCGCGGGCCGCCCUCGCCAACCAGUUCGUGCAGCCGCCCUGGCGCAUCGCGCUCUGGUCGCUGGCCUACGGCACCGUGGUGGCCGUGGCGGUCUCCGGGAACCUCGUGGUCAUCUGGAUCGUCCUGGCGCACAAGCGCAUGAGGACCGUCACCAACUACUUCCUCGUGAACCUGGCUUUCUCCGACGCCUCCACGGCCGCCUUCAAUACCCUCGUCAACUUCAUCUACGCGCUUCACAGCGAGUGGUACUUUGGCGCCAACUACUGCCGCUUCCAGAACUUCUUUCCCAUCACAGCGGUGUUCGCCAGCAUCUACUCCAUGACGGCCAUCGCGGUGGACAGGUAUAUGGCCAUCAUCGAUCCCUUGAAACCCCGACUGUCUGCCAAGGCCACCAAGAUCGUCGUAGGCGGUAUCUGGAUUCUCGCGUUUCUGCUCGCCUUCCCCCAGUGUCUUUACUCCAAAACCAAAGUGAUGCCCGGCCGCACGCUCUGCUACGUGCAGUGGCCAGAGGGUCCCAAACAACACUUCACGUACCAUGUCAUCGUCAUCGUGCUGGUGUACUGCUUCCCACUGCUCGUCAUGGGGGUCACGUACACCCUGGUGGGACUCACGCUGUGGGGUGGGGAGGUCCCGGGAGACACCUGUGACAAGUACCACGAGCAGCUAAAGGCGAAGAGGAAGGUUGUAAAAAUGAUGAUAAUCGUCGUGGUGACGUUCGCUGUCUGCUGGCUGCCCUAUCACGUUUACUUCGUCCUCACGGCCAUCUACCGACAGCUGAAUCGGUGGAAAUACAUCCAGCAGGUCUACCUGGCCAGCUUCUGGCUGGCGAUGAGCUCGACCAUGUACAACCCCAUCAUUUACUGCUGCCUGAAUAAGAGAUUUCGAGCCGGUUUCAAGAGGGCAUUUCGCUGGUGUCCCUUCAUUGAAGUUUCCAGCUACGAUGAGCUGGAGCUCAAGACCACCAGGUUCCACCCGACUCGGCAGAGCAGCCUGUACACAGUGACCAAGAUGGAGUCCAUGACGGUGGUGUUUGACCCCAAUGACGCGGAAACCGCCAGCUCCAGUGGGAAGAAGAGGGCCACUCCAAGAGACCCAAGUGGAGGCUGCUCCUGCAGGAAUUCCAAAUCUGCCUCCACCGCUUCAAGUUUCAUCAGCUCAUCCCACACGUCUGUGGAUGAGUAAUCCUAACUCCAGUCCUGAGGAGGAGGAGGAGGAGCGUGAGGCCACCGCGGUGCCAGCCUAGGCCCUGUUCUCCUGACUGUUUGUCUGUCCGUCCUGCACACUCUGGAAACAAAAGGGUUUUAGGCAGCUACGCCUCAGUUGAGAAAGGCAGCAUAGGAAUGCGACAAACACACACUUAAGAUAUUUGCCCCCCUCAAAAAAAAGGGCUUUAAAUUCAUUCUUUGAAAACUCUAAAUUAUUAUCUUCAACAAACUGA